ACAUUACUGGUUAUGUUAAUGCACAUGUACAGGCGACUCGUCAGGGUUCAGACAGUGAUGAUGCAAACGACGUCUCUCAAAAAUUUGUUGCCGUGCUUGGUCAUUACUUUGAACCGGUUAUUUUUGCUGAUGGUGAAUUGGAAAAUUGUUAUUAUUAUUAUCGGCCACCAUUCAAAAAGUCAAGUAAUCCGUCCAUUGACGUUCAUGAAUAUGUCGCUGACAUUCCUGGAGGUUUUCUAGAGACUUUCAGUUGCGCAGAAGAUCCACUUUUCAUCCGUUUGGAGUGUAUACUUAGGAAACCUGCCAAGCCUAUCCCAAAAACUGAGAAUACAAGUCAAAAUAAUAUUGGGUCUGGUGUAGAGAAAAUUGAGUUUGAUAAAUUUGUCCAAUUUCCCACUUCCGGUUUGCCUACGUCUUAUUCUCGUACUAUUGAUGGAAGGUUAUAUGACUUUUCUCCUGAAUCUAUCGGAACGGAUGCGUCACCAGUAGAAUCUUCAGAUGGCACUACAGCAACUUUGCGCUUGAUAUGUUUGACUUUGCCUCAACUUCACAAGGAAGUUAAUAAUUCUCGUUCAGCUGAACAUAAAAAUGAUAGUAAUGGGACAAGUACAAAUUCAAACAAGUUUUUGUACGAAUGUCUCACUGAAAACAAAAAGGAGGCUUUAAAUGAAACUCGAAACCGCAUCGACUGGCUUACAAAAGAGGAAAUAAUGCAUAUGCUCUUAAAAUCACAAUCUGUUGAUCGUUCGGUAUUAUCAUUUGUUCAAACACAGCUACGAAAUAAAAAUCCUUUCGUGGAUUUCCCAACAAAGUUUAAUGUUCCUUUAUCAUUUGUUCGUCGAAAACACGGGAAGCAUGGCCAUGAAUUAUUUUUAGAAGCGUUAAGUAAAGCAGAUAUGAGGCCAUUUACACUAAAUCAAGUUGAGGAUUGCUUCUAUAUUAGUGAGGAUGAUGAAAUUGGGGAGCCUUUAGUGUCUACUGAUGGUAGAUGCGAAACUUCACCUGUAUUUGGAACCGCUCCCGAUGAUGGCCUAGGAAUUAGUAUUGGUAUUCCUGAUGAGGAUGAUGAUAUGCAAGAUCUCGAUUCAAAGCCAGUCAAGCGAAAUGUUGUCCACAAACAAUUAUUUUGGUUGCUUUUUAUACCUCAAGAAACUAGCAUUCAAAUGUAUUUUUAUUCUCAAGCGGUUUCUCAAGUUAAACUAUUCAACAUUAUUAAGCAUGUGCGAAAUUGCAUUAUACAAGCGUCUGAACGUGUUAAUAGGAUAAUUUUAUUGACUGACCUUAAUAAUACCCAUAAUUGCAGUAAAUACUUGGUGCGACCCGAUCCUGAUGAUUCUUCAGAUUCUGAAUCUUCAUCUGAAGAUAAUGAUUUGUCCUCUGAGGAUAAUUAUUUGGUCGAUGUCCUUUCAAAGACACAAAAUGAUGAUGGUCAAAAUAAUGUUUCUAAAAAGUUCAAGGUUGGACAAUUUGAAUGUCCUUUG